GCAUUAUCAACGCUGUCAUUUCUUUCCAGUAAUAUCUCAACAAUAUUAAGCAGUUUCAAAGAAUUCAUCUGCAUAUAGAAUUCUUCAUUCAAUCUAUGACGUUAUUCUGAAAUUAAAUCAACAAAUUCAACAUGUACGCAUUAAAGAUGCAAGUGGCUUGCCAAGGUGAAGGCACUGGCGAGCCUGAUGAUCCUAGUAAUCAUCAUCAAGAACUUGUCAGACCCCCAGCACAGGAUUGCAGCUCCUUUGACAUUGUUAGAGCGACACAGUAUGGAGCACUAGAUCGGGUAACUGAGCUGGUGGAAGGUGGUGCCGAUGUAAAUCAGCCAGAUUCAGAGACUGUAACGUUGUUACAUUGGGCUGCCAUAAACAAUCGAAAAGAUAUUGUUAAAUACCUUAUUGCGAAAGGAGCAGUUGUUGAUGCCAUCGGUGGUGAGCUUGCUUCCACGCCAUUGCAUUGGGCCACAAGGCAGGGUCAUUUGUCUACAGUUGUGAUAUUAAUGAGAGCAGGUGCAGAUCCUACUCUUAGAGAUUCAGAAGGGUUCUCUUGUAUUCAUUUAGCAGCGCAAUUCGGUCACACAUCGAUUGUUGCUUAUCUAGUCGCGAAGGGAGUGAAUCCUAAUAUGCCAGACAGGAGCGCGAUGACACCCCUAAUGUGGAGCGCCUACAAAGUGAAUAGUUUAGAUCCAACGCGCUUGUUGUUAACUUUAGGAGCGUCUCAUUCACUCGCAGAUAAUUUGCAUGGAAACACGGCUUUGCAUUGGGCUAUCAUAGCUGAGAACAGCACAGCAAUAUCUACGUUAGUUCACAAUGGUGCGUCCUUGGAUGUGCCGAAUUUGCGAGUCGAGACACCAAUGACGUUGCUCGGCCGUCAUAUUGGAGCUGCCUGGUUAGGGCACAAAAUAAGCCAGGAAAUUCGUGAAAAACAGGGCAGAGCAAGAACAUGGUGUAGAGAUAAGAGAAUGCGCUGGUACUGUAUGGUCAGCACGCCGUUUAUAGUUUUCUAUGUAAUCGGAAUGAUUCUACAAAGUGGAUUGGAUUAUCUAAUAAAAUUAGGUGUCUUUGUCAGUCUUUAUAUAGCAUUGUAUUUAGCUAAUCAUUUUGUCUUUGACGAACGAUUGUUCCAUAUUGUACCAAUGUCAAUUUACUUGGCUACAAAGAUGUGGAUAUACGUUACAUGGGUAUUCUGGUUAGGCGUACACGCUGCAUGGUACUUGUGGUUACUACUAGUAGGCGGAUCAGUGCCGUUAUGGAUAUGUUUUUUACAGUCUUGGAGGGGUGAUCCGGGUGUAAUUACAGCGACGCACGAGGAUAAGUUAAAUACAAUUAUAGAGUUAGCGGAAUCGGGUGGUUUCGAACCACGGUCAUUUUGCAGCAGUUGCUUGGUCAGAAGGCCCAUGAGAUCCAAGCAUUGUUCAACGUGCGAUCGAUGCGUAGCACGUUUCGAUCAUCAUUGUCCGUGGGUCAAUAAUUGCAUUGGUGCGCACAAUCACAAAUAUUUUCUGGGAUUUUUAGCGUCAUUGUUAGGCCUCUGUAUUGUUGUUUUAUCCGCUGGUGUACAGUAUUGGCAAUUUGAAUGUUGGACAAACUUGACGAACGGUCAUAGCGCGGACAACUAUCUUGUCGCGGCAGCUACUUGCGACGCUUGGGUGAUGUGGGUGGCAGCGAACACGUCUUUGCAUUUCUUCUGGGUUGGCACACUGCUCGCGUGUCAGUGUUAUCAGAUCAUGGUUCUUGGAAUGACGACAAAUGAACGUAUGAACGCUGGACGCUACACGCACUUCAAGCAGGGAAAUCCCUUCCAUCGCGGUGCCCUUCAAAACGCAGCUGAUUUUUGCAACGUAAGCUUCUGUGGAGUGAAAGCAAAGCCCAGUUCAGACUGGUUGCACAGUUUCGAUCACAAACAGAGCAUUGAAAAGUUGCCGCUGCUCGCUACGAAAGACAACUUCCAGUAUAUAUAGAGUAAAACGAUCAAAGAACUGUCAUGGGUGACGCGUUCAACCAGCCGUCAGAAGCAAAACGUGUGUCAUAUCAUUUUUGCCUGAAACACUUCUGGGCUACCAAGUGAGUUACUGCGAAAAUUUCAAGUGACUUUGUUCCGGAAAGUAGUGGUUUUUUGCAUAUACAGAUUUCAAUUGCGUAUUCUAAGUAAUAUCGUACACAGUCAAUGAAUCAUGAAUUUUUAAAUUCAUCUAUUGCAAAAGACUGUUCUACAACGUAAGUAUGCAUAUCCUUCUA